AUGGAGAAGAUGAAGAAAUCCCAAAUUCUGAAGCUUUUUCUAAUAUCAGCUCUCUGCAUUAUAACACCACUUUUAUCCACAUCGUUCAGGCCUAAGUAUCUCUGCUUCAUCGUCAACAUUCUCAUCUUCGCAGUUGGAGCAGAAUCUGGGCUUGCUUCCUUUUUCCUUAAAGCCCCAGAAGACAAGAAACCUGCACAAAAAUCGUCAGAUGUUUAUCCCGGCAAUGAAAAAUCGAUCACCUUUUCAAACAAUGGAACUAAUAGUCAAGAUCAUUCUACGAACAAACCGGCUAAGGUUUUCGAAAAAUCUUCAUCAGAGAAAAUUGCUGAUACGGUGAAGGGGAAACUUCUGGAGCUCCAACCAGUUGGCUUACAUGAAAUUGCGGCAGAAGGACUAAGAUUCGUAACUCCAAUGGAAUGGACGAGUGCCCAGAAGAUGGAUAUUAGCUUCGAAAAAGAGAUGGUAUUCGUGCCCAGAAAUUGA